AUGCCGACGACAUUCACCGGCGGUCGAGGCGUGAACAACCAAGACCUCGACAUCCCCAAGCGCCUGUCGUUCGUGAGCGGCGCCUCGCAGCCUAAGGACCUGGAAGACGGCAGCUAUGUCGGCGUCAAGACCCCCGAGCAUGUACCCAUCGGUGCGCUCCCUCCUGGAGGAGAAGACGGCGCCAUACGUGAAGGCGGCAUGCCCGUGUUGACGAGCAAGGAGAACCUCGGACUGCUGUUUGAGUACGCCGCUGUUGGACUCGUGUACGGACUGCUGCCGGAGACCAUCUACCCAUUCAUGCAGGAAUACCUUAACUGUUCGGGGUCUCAAGUCACGGCUGCGAGCCAGAUUGUGGUGCUGCCGUGGAGCUUCAAAGUGUUCUAUGGUAUCCUGUCCGACUGUCGUCCGAUUUGUGGCUACCGUCGUCGACCGUACAUGCUCAUCGGUUGGGGCAUCUGCUUCGCUAUGCUGCUGGUCAUGUGCAUCAUGCCCAUUGGCAAGCCGUACUUCACUGAUCCAGCCGACAGAGACAUCGAUGUCUCAGACUACACCCCAGAGAUCGAGGCCCGCAUCAACUACAGCGCUCCAUCGGAAGGUGCUAAAUACGUGAUGCUGAUGUUCUUCGCGGCCGUCGGUUACGUCAUGUCUGAUGUGUGCGCCGACAGUAUUACGGUCGAGUUGGUACAGCGCGAACCACUCGCCAAACGUGGCAAGACGCAGUCUAUCAUCUACACGGUGCGAACGGCCAUGGUGAUCAUGGGCGAGUUUUUGACGGGCUUCUUCUUCAAUGGAAAGGAAUACGGCGGCACCUUCGACUUCUCGCUGAGCUUCCCGCAGUUGAUCGAAGAGGGGAAAACAGGUCAAUCCUAA